UCGUGACGGAAGUGUGGUCGGUUUAGUUGAAGGCUUAUUUCCAUUCCGCAUCUUCCACUCGAGCCCAUAGCAAACCUCGGUAGGCCCUGGCAAGGCUGAUGCUGUGCCGAGAGGUGACGUUACAAUCAACGGCACAUCGUGUCUUUGAGAGGCCACUCAUAACACACCUAUCCAAUGCUUCGUCGAUGAAGAUCAAAAAGAUCGGUGCUUGAUUGUAGUGUCGUGUCUGUGCAAGCGGGCGGACGUCAAUUGAUCAGCCAUUUCUGUUACCCUUCUCAAGACAAGAGCCAGACUGCUGAUCAGGUGCAUCUACGAUCUCGAAAGCCAACAUGUAGGCCAGAGGCAAACGCACAAACCACUGAAGUCGCCUUGAUGCGAUCCGCCAUCCUCCACCCAACAACAUCGCAAUGAUUCCACAACUCGAACAGCUCGCAAGAGUCGUCUCGCAACUCUGCGGCUGGGCUUAUUUCUUCUGCUGGACGCUCUCCUUUUACCCUCAGAUCAUGCUGAAUAUCCGAAGACGAACGACUGAGGGCUACCUGCCGGACUAUCCAUUGCUAAAUAUCCUCGGCUUCUCAUGCUACGGAAUCACCGCGGCUGCCUUUCUCUAUUCUCCCGUCAUUCGCGGGCAAUACGCUGCUCGACAUCCUGCAAGCCCGGAACCAACUGUACGGUUCAACGACUUGGCAUUCGCAGUCCACGCUUGCCUUUGCAGUAUCGUAGUGUACUCACAGUUCUGGCCGCGACUAUGGGGGUGGAAGCCAACCACUGCAGUGCACACGAAAGCCGGCAGGACCUCCAUUGGCAUCAUAUGGGGCUCGUUAUUUGGCGUGGUCAUCACCAUAGGCAUCGUCCUCGUGAGUGGAAACACUACGAGCGACGGAGGCCAUCUGAAGUGGGCUUGGAUCGAUGUGAUCAACGCCAUAUCCUACGUGAAGCUCCUCGUAACGGUAUUCAAAUACACCCCACAAGCAAUCUCCAAUGUCCGACGAAAGUCAACCAUCGGGUUCAGCAUCUGGCAAGUCCUCCUCGACUUCUCCGGCGGCAUUCUAAGUCUUCUGCAACUCGUCAUCGACAGCGCGCUCCAGUCGACCGGAUGGAGGGGAGUGACGGAUAAUCCCUUAAAAUUCGGGUUGGCGAAUAUCAGCAUGCUUUUCGACGUCAUCUUCAUGGUGCAGCAUUAUAUUCUGUUCGGACCUGUGGAGAAGCAGAGCGUGGAGGGCGGAGGGCAUGGGCGGCGUGAUUCUGCUGCUCAGUCGAGGGAGGAGGGAGAGAGCUUGUUACCAGCAACGGAACAUCGAUAGAAGCAAUUGAGGUGCAAGUCAAGACGGACAAGCUGGCUGGCUGUACAUCGCUCAGGUUAUCUGCACACGUUCUACUUGACUGCCGCCCUCGACGUGACUCCUCAAU